GAGGGGCCGGGUGCGGAGCGGGAGGGCGGGGGGCGCUGGAAAAGGGGCGAAGCAGCGGAGCCUACUGCCUCCAGCUCGCAAACCUGGUGGCCCGGGCUCCGGGUGGCUGCCCCCUGCCCUCCACCCCAGAGCCCAGUGUGCGGGCGCAUUCGUGCCGGCAGGGCGGUGGAGCGCGCUAGUUCGCUCUUUUUGCGCCAGCUGCGGCAGCUGGAGCAGCGGGGCCAUCAGAGCGGGGGGCGCAGCAGAAUGUGGCCCUGCGGCUGGGCGUGGGUGCUGGCGCUCCUGGCCCUCCGAGAGGACUGGCUCGCUCAAGCUACCCCCCAUAUGCGGCAGACCAGCCGGCCCGGCGUUCGGAACAAGAACUGGUGCGCCUACAUAGUGAACAAGAAUGUGAGCUGCUCCGUGCUGGAGGGAACUGAGAGUUUUAUUCAGGCUCAGUACAAAUGUGCCUGGAACCAGAUUCCCUGUCCAUCCACGCCGGUGUAUCGAGUUAAUUUCAGGCCCAGAUAUACGAUUAAGUUCAAGACGGUCACACAGCUGGAAUGGAGAUGCUGCCCUGGGUUUAAAGGUGGUGACUGCCAAGAAGGUCCUAAAGAGCCAGUGAAAUCUCCUCUACCCACACCUGCCCGGCCCCGGAAUACUAUGAAGAAAGCCACAGAUACCGAACCAAAGCAAGUCACAGAACCAAGGCACACAACAGAACCAAGGCACACAACAGAACCAAGGCAAACAGCAGGCCCAAAGCCAGGCCUGCAGGAACAGCAGGACAAGAAAAUACAGGUGCUUGAGGACAAAGUUUCCCGACUUACAAGGACCGUCCUUGACCUUCAGUCCUCCAUUGCAGGAGUAAAUGAAAACUUAAAACAUGCUGUUCAGGAUGAUGCCAGUAAAAUGCUAGCAUCGUGGCUCAACAGCCUUCAUAACCCACCAGGGCCAGACAGUGUUGUUGGUGGCGAAACAGAAACAGUUCAGCUUCCUGGGAUCCUUGGGGGUAAGGAAUCAGGAAUGAAGGACAUUAAAUCUGAGUUGGCUGAGGUUAAGGAUGUAUUGAAGACAAAGAGUGACAAGCUAGAGGAGCUGGAUGGGAAAGUGAAGGGUUGUGAAGGACAGCUCAAGCAGCUUCAGGAAGCUGCCCAGGGGCCCACUGUGACCAUCCCGACCAAUGAAUUCUACCAAGCUUAUGUAGAUAGCAAAUUUGAGGCGCUGAAAGAAGAACUGAUGGAGGGAAUAGACAGGAAAAUGGCAGAUCUGAAAAACUCCUGUGAAUAUAAGCUGACUGGUAUCCAACAACAGUGUGAUGAUUAUGGAACUAGCUACUUGGGCAUGAUAGAACUUAUUGGAGAGAAGGAAACAAGUCUAAGGAAGGAAAUAAGUGACCUUCGAGCUCAGAUACAGGCAGCUCCAUCAAAACAGCCAAACUGCUGUAACCUUGAUAAAAGUGUUGACUUUGGGCAACAGAUCAAGGAUCUAGACCAGAAAAUCGAGAGGGUUUCAGAAGCCACCAGAAUGCUCAACGGGAGGCUAGACAACGAAUUUGACCAUCUCACCAUGCCAGAACCAGACGAAAGUUUUGAUGAAAGGUGGAAUGAGUUGGAUGCAAGGAUCAAUGUGACAGAGAAGAAUGCAGAAGAACAUUGUUUUUACAUUGAAGAAACUCUGCGUGGUACAAUUAGUGGUGAGGUGGAUGACUUGAAGCAACUUUUGGAUCAGAAAAUACAGUCCCUGGAGGACCGUCUGGGUAGCAGUCUCCUAGACAUUGCUAAUGGCACCGAUGUAAAAUUCAUUAACCUGGAGUCCGUCCUGCCAGCAUCUGGCAAUGGUCAAGUUACUACUGAACUUAAUCAUCUGAAGAAUAAAAUCCAAGAUGUGGAGAAUCUUUGUCUGCAGAACUUCCAGUUAGGGUCUCACGGAAAAGAAGAUACUCAUCCCAACAAGCAUGAUGAUCUUCAGAAGACAGGUGACACCUCUACACUUCUGAAGGCUCUAAAUGACACAAUGCACAGGAAGUUCAGGGAAACGGAACUUAAUAUCCAGAAAGUGCAACAAGAUUUGAAUUUACUCUCUUCUCGUCUAAAUGACACUGACAAAGACGUGAAAAACCUUCAGGGUGGGUUGAGCAACUGCCAAGAGCAACUUGCAGGCGCCAUUUCUACAUGCAGAAAGGCAGAAGACAGUGUUUCCAGGAAGCUGGAGGAUCUGGAUAGGACCACUGAGGAGCCCACCUCUUCCCUGGCCCCGGCUGGUCAUUGUUGCAGUCAUCUGGAGGUGAGGCUACAGGGGCUGCAAAAGCAAAUCCUUUCAGACCUUGACAUCUGUAAGGAAAGCACUCAAGGUGUCCAGAGGGAAGUCAUGGUUGUUGGAGGCAGAGUGUCUCAUAUCGAAAAAGCGUGCAGCAAACUGGACUCCAUCUCUGGAAGUCUAAACAGGAUCAAGGAAGGGCUGAACAAGCAUGUCAGCAACCUGUGGAACUGUGUCAGUCAGAUGAAUGGCACUAUUGUAGCCCAUUCCAAAGACAUUUCUGGCCUCAAUAAUUCUGUCCAGGAGAUCUACGGUCGUGUCCUCCAAAUUACCACAGACCUCCAGGAUCUGGCAAAAGGUCAACCAGCAGGACCGGAAGCCCCAUCAGAAAUAGCCCAGCUCAUACCACAACAACCAAGAAGCUCCCCUGAGCCAUCACGACCAGAAGUUCCUGGAGAAUCAUCACGCCCAAAGAUACCCCAGCAGCUUCCAGAAUCAAAAGGCCCCCUGCCUCCCAAGACUCCUGGGAAACCCUUCCAGCCAGGAAUACCUCAGCAGCCUUCACAGUCAAAGACUCCUCUACAGCCAUCGCCCCCAGAGUUACCUGGGUGGACAGGUUUGCCCUUCCUACCAGGAUCUACAGGGGUCAUCAUGGAGACUGGGGAAGCUGGGCCUCCUGGGAAAAUGGUAAUGUCAGGAAGAGGUUUGCCCAAUGGUGUAGAUGGCCAGGAUAGUCGGUGGCCCAUCCCAAGCUCUGAAGGAUAUGCUGGAGCCCCGGGAUACCCUAAACCACCACCUCCUGUGGAAUCACAAGGGAUUCCUACUGCCUCUCUGGUGUCAUUUUCUGCUGGUCUGACUCAGAAACCUUUUCCGAGUGAAGCGGGUGUGGUCCUUUUCAAUAAAGUGCUUGUGAAUGAUGGAGAAUUUUACGACCCAAACACUGGGAUCUUUACUGCCCCAUAUGAUGGUCGAUACCUGAUCACUGCCAUCCUCACUCCUGAGAGAGAUGAAUAUGUUGAAGCCGUCUUGUCUGUCUCAAAUGCCAGCAUAGCCCAGCUGCACACAGCUGGAUACAGAAGAGAACUCUUGGAAUAUCACAAACCCCGAGGGGGAUUGCAUACCUGUGGUGGAACAGGGACUUUUCAUCUCAUUGUACACUUGAAAGCAGGAGAUGAGGUGAACAUUGUGGUGACUGGGGGCAGGCUGGCCCACACAGACUUUGAUGAGAUGUACUCCACAUUUAGUGGAGUUUUCCUCUAUCCUUUCCUUUCUCACAUCUAGACUGGCUUAGAACCUCAAGGAAAGGGUAAAGAUAGUUGUAAUAAACUCUGAAGCUUUAAUAUAUUCAGUCGAUGUAUGUAA